ACAGGGCUCGGCAUCUCUCGAAUAAAUGUCGAUGAGACCGUUGUUACAUUCAAUUUUGCAUGUGACCUCACAGGGAGAACAGGGUGUCACUCGCAAGACAAAUUAUAUUCAACAAACACACUUUCUUCCAGCUACGGAGCGGCAUGGGACUCACUCACUAAAACAAUCACGGAGAGAUACACACUAAGACCGACUAUGGCUGUGGACGCGGCGUCCAGCUUCAGUUUCUGCCGCGCGUCCCUGGAGCACACAGUGUCUGCCGAGGAGCUCAGCUACCAGCUGCCUCGCCGCGCAGGGGGCAGUCUGACCUGGCACGAUGGGCGCGGCCAGAAGACCACCCACACACGCACUGUCAAACUACUGCAGCAGCCUGGCACAGAGGGCAUCCAGCUGCGUCCAGGCGAGGCCUUCACUGUGUACCACACCAGUCCUACGCUGUCAAGCCUGUCCAAACCAGUGGUGCUGUGGACCCAGCAGGACGUCUGCAAGUGGCUCAAGAAGCACUGUCCUCACAACUACCUGACCUACGUGGAGGCUUUCUCCCACCAUGCCAUCACAGGGCGUGCGCUGCUGCGUCUCAACGGGGAGAAGCUGCAGAGGAUGGGCAUCGUCCAGGAGACGCUCAGACAAGAAGUCCUCCAGCAGGUCCUCCAGCUUCAACCUCCUUUGGAAACUUCUCUUAACUCGUCCCUCCAUCCAUCUGGCAGUCGUCUCUCCUCCUCUUCUGGCACGGCCCUUCUCCAGUAGCAGCAGGAGGACCUGCGUUCUGCAGAUAUGCCGGGGCAGAAUCCUCUGAAAGGAGAAGAGAAGGGCCUAUAAACUAGAGACUGGAGGAUCUCCAGUCACCCUGGUCAAGCUGAGGAACUGAGCCCCCGUGAGAAAGACUAAGACUGAGACAAUCCCCUGCUCAACACUAGGGCACACACUGUAACAUAGAGAGAAGUUAUGAGAUUCACAGCUCCCCAUGAUUCAAUCGCCACCACUUUAUUGGCCUGACGCUUGGAUGUUCAAUCAGAACUUGAAGAUUAUGGCUCCAUUGUGUGUCUUGUUGUUCUUGUUGGAAGUAAGGGCCGUGCUGACAUUGAUGUGAGAAGGGAUGAGUGGAGAUUCCUCGGUAGUGUCAUGCUAGGUACCAUUUCUGCUCACAACAACAGGGUUCCACCUCGUAGCUGCUUCAGGGCUCCGUCACAGUCUGUUUAAUUCCUAGUCAUCAUUUGAUCAUAUCCAUACCUUUGAACACUUCCACACAGAAUACUUCCAUACUGAGUUCCGUAAAGUUUUGUGGUCUGAAAACAGGUCUAGAGUGAACGGCUCCUAAUAGUUUUUGCUUAGGAAGUAAGUAUCACAGCAAGGUAGAGAUGAAGGAAAUUGAAUCGAUCCUCACUGUUGUUACAUGUCUGAAUGUGUCCUCAUUAUGCUACUGAUGAUGGACAUGCUAAAUUCCUCCCUCAUACUUCACAAUGUAUUUUCUCCUCUCAGGAUUUUCUUUUGGGAAUAUAUAUAGUUUUGAUAGAUUUACAGUUACACACAGCAUACAGUUCAUGUUGUCAUGCACUCUAAUCCCCAAAGCACACUCUUAUCUUUUACAUUUAUAUUUUGGAACUGUGUCCUAGUGUGCAGAAUGCUAUUGCCCCAUAUGCUCUUUUUGUACUGUACAUGAAAAAUGUCACUGCUGAGUCUGACCGACAUAUAUUUGAACGUAGGAGAGUGAUGAAACUGUAGGCCUAUGUAGAUACCAUGUCCUUUUACCUUUAGUAUUUUACAUAUUAAAUGAAUUUGGUAGACAUGCUGACAUUGAGAUUAUAUGUGUUUGUUUGUUUGUGUCCUCUGUGUCUGAUAAAGCAAUAAUCUAACCCUAGUUGACUGGGAGAUUAAAAUAUUCCCUUAAGAAUUUCUAGAAUCAGGACUUUCCAAGGCAUGAAGUUGCAGUAUUUAUGCGUACUGUCUGUGUCUGUAUGGUUCAGUAGCUGGUUCAGUAGAGUUAGAUGUUUAGGAGGCAUAUUCUUCAACCCUUAUCGAAAUGUGCUGUCCUGCUUACACAUAUAAUGGACAACUGGAGUCAUAAGGACUAGCACUUACACUGGGUCAGAAAGGCAAUGUUACAUGACGUCAGACAUUUAAUUCAUUUAGCAGAUGCUUUUAUUCAAAGCCUCAUACAAAUAGUGCAUUUAGAAAGUACAGCAGAAGAUCAAGAAGGGCAUAGAUAUACAGUAUUUUGGUUGUUAGAGUCAAGGAACAACCUGUAUUGAAGUUGAGACUGUGCUAGCUGUGGGGGAUUUGGAGCAAAACAUUGAUAGAUAAACAUGUUGUAGCAAAUGUUCCUGCUCCCCUGAGGAGAACAAUCCAACCGCCUACUCCUGGUUGACACUGUGAAUCCCAGCGCACAGACAACCCAACCAGAUAUGAGAUUUGCAGCAUGACAGUGAGUCCUCAACCUAAAUCCUUUGAUCAAGCAAGCAACACACAGUACCAUGUGAAUUUUGUUCCUACAAAUGAUGUUUGCAUUGAAAGAAUGAUCCUUCACAUUGAUUCAGCUAAAUUAACACCAUCUCUCCAACAGACCCUUCUUCCGUCUUGCCUUCCUCCCUCCAUUCACUGAAAAAGAGUUUUUGGAGGAUGAAUGGAAUAUGUAGUACUGUUAGUUGGAAUGAACACUGUGUUUUCCUGUCUUUUGACUAAACUGUAGAUGAACCAACCUGCAUUUUUUGUUUACUCAGUCAGAUGAUGAUGAUAAUGGAUGUAUUGUUUGUUUUGAAUAUGUUAUGCAAAUAUGUUAUGUUAGUUUUAAGAAUAUUUACUUAUUGUUGUACAGAUAUAAAUAACUAUGGAAUAUGAAUAAACUUGUGAUACAUAAAAUGACAUGGAUGUGUCAGGCAUG